ACUCAUUGAAAUUGUUGCAUGUGUGAUCUAUAGGUCUGUGUCAGUGACUGACACACCUCUUCUCUCUCUCUUCCUUCUAUUGUUAUGGAUUGUGUAAUAUCAAUCAUGCAUUAGGCCUGGCAUCAAUUAUUCCUUUCAGUUCUUUUUUUUUUCCAAUUUUUUAUUUUUUAAAUUUAUCCCAUGUUUAACAAGCAUUUCUUAGAGUUGUUUAUCUGUGGUUUCUUUAUCUUCUUCUGAUAUUUGAAAAAAGGUUGCCUUUUUACCCAUUUGGAUUUUCUUUCUCUUUAUUGUCUCUAUAAUUCCUCUAAAAACAAAUAAUUUUCCUGAAAAAUUUGUUGGCUUUCCCAUUUUGGGUUUUACACAGAAAUUGCUCUUGAUUUGUUUUGAAUAGCUUUUUGUCCAUAAAAUGCCAAAUGCUAUUAUCAGUUACAGACUUACAGUCAUUCUUUCUUUCUAAUCUGGUCUGUUGAGUUCUUAAGUACAUUUCACUUGUUUUGUGUCCAAGCUGUACGCAAUCAUUACUUCCAUAUCAUUGAAAACCUUCUUAGGAAAAAUGUUUGCUUUCUGGGUUGUGUUAUAUGACUGAUUAGUUUAUUUUCUUGAUUAAAAAUCUCAUCUUUGGUUGGUGCCUAAUUUGCUUAUUUGUAUAUAUAAUUUAUUUUGUGUGGAUUGUUGAGUUGGGUUGUAUGAUUAAUGCAUUUUCAUAGGCUGAAUUGCAUGUUAGUUGUUCUGUUUUUUUGUCACUUUUUGAUUAAUUUUAUAAUCAAGCAUUAUUAGUUCCAUAAGCAUAAACAUCUUCAAAUCUGAAUCUUGAGCAUUCUUUUCUCUCUCUUUUGAUUCUGAUGAGAUUAUCUUAACCCUUUUUGGGUAAAAAAAUAUCAGCUGGGUCUAAAGUGUAAUCCUUUAUUUCCUUCUGUGUUACCCGUCCCAAAUCUUUGAUUCUCUGAUUUCAAUCUAGGUAUUGAAAAGAACCCUUGCUUUCGUAUUUUUGGCCUCAAGUUCUCUUUUUUUAUAUACAAAGGACAACUUCUACAUCUGGGUAUAUUGAACUGAUGCAAAGUGAAGGUUUCAGAAGAAAUGGCAAAUCUUGUCCCUGGAGUGCUUCUCAAACUUUUGCAACAUAUGAAUACAGAUGUCAAAGUUGCUGGUGAAUACAGGUCGUCUUUAUUGCAAGUAGUGAGCAUUGUACCUGCAUUAGCAGGAGGUGAGCUAUUUCCUAACCAAGGGUUUUAUCUGAAGGUAUCAGAUUCAUCUCAUGCCACUUAUGUAUCUUUACCUGAUGAGCAUGAUGAUUUAAUUCUUAGCGAUAAGAUUCAAUUGGGUCAAUUUAUUCAUGUGGAAAGGCUAGAAUCAGCGUCACCAGUCCCUAUUCUUCGAGGUGUUAGGCCAGUUCCUGGGAGGCACCCUUGUGUAGGGAGCCCGGAAGAUAUAGUAGCAACUCACUCUCUUGGGUUCCUCAAUAAUAAUCAUGAUUCGAGUUCAAGUUCAAAACAUUUAGAGAAAAUAAGAACACCCGUAAAAGGGAUUUCAGGCAGUAAUAAUGUAGGAGAGAAGGAGAAACCAGUUGGAACUAGAUUGAAUGGUAAUGCUACUAAGGAGGAUUUAUCAGAUAAGAGAACCUCUUCUCUGAUUAGGUCAAAGUCUCAAUUGUCAAAACAUGCACUUAAUUUGGACUUGAAGAAGGAAAGUUUGGCAAAAGUGAAAUCAUCAGGUUCAAGGUCAAUUCCUUCCUCUCCAACAAGUUGUUAUUCGCUGCCUACUUCAUUUGAGAAAUUUUCUAAUGGGGUAAAGCAACAGGCAAAGAUUAAAGGGUCGGACAAGGGAUCAACUAAGACAGGAGUAGUGGAAAAGGCGAGUUCUGUUCGCACAGCAAGUCCAACUGCAAAGAGGGUACCAGUCAUCAAGAAUAUUGUUCAUGGGUUUGAGCUGGGGGCCAAAGCUUUGAGGAAGAGUUGGGAAGGUAAUAUGGAGGUGAAGAGUAGGGAUAAUUCAAAAUUGAGGGCUACCAAACAUGAUCUAAAGGCUGAAGUUCGAAGUAGUUCUGCUCCUAGAAAAAGCACGUCAAGUGAGAGGUUGCCGUCUAAAGAGGACAAUAAGACCCAAUUAUCUGCUAAGUCAUCUAAAGAGGAGAAUAGAAAUCCGAUUUCAACCAAAAAGGUUACUGCAAAUGGAAUUUCAGAUGAUCAAGAAAAGUUGAAUAAGCCAAAGACAUCUAUUGGAAAGAAGUUAUCGGGAGACAAUGCUAGUAAUGGCCUCCUAGGAAACUUGGUCAAGGUUCCAAUAAAUGGUAGGAAACUCACUGAGGGAAGUGUCUCGUGGAAUUCGCUCCCCUCUUCUCUUGCUAAGCUCGGAAAGGAAGUUCUGAAGCAUAGAGAUGCUGCACAGACAGCAGCAGUUGAGGCUAUCCAAGAGGCUUCUGCUUCGGAGAGCUUACUUCGAUGUCUAAGUAUAUACUCUGAGCUAACUUCCUCUGCUAAAGAAGAAAAUCCACAACCAGCUGUGGAGCAGUUCCUGACCCUCCAUACAAGCUUGAACAAUGCUCGCACAGUUGCUGACUCUCUCUCUAAAAUUGUUACUGUUGGCUCAUCCCCAGAUUCUGAUAUCAACCCAUCAGAAGAAGUGCUAAAGGUCACAUCAGAUAGGCGUAAACAUGCAGGCUCUUGGGUCCAAGCUGCACUAGCCACCAAUCUGUCAUCCUUUUCUAUAUUUACCAAAGAAAUAACUUCAGUUUCCACUCAAGGCCAAAAGACUUCCAAUAGCAAUCAACCCAUUUUAGUCCUUGAAAAUUCUUCAAAGAAUGCCUCAACAAAAACUCCAGCAAAAACCCGUCCUUCGGUUGGCUCCAAGCUUGUAGCUACAGGAGCUUUCCGCAAAGCAGGGGAUAUUUCUGCCAUUAAUCAGAAAAUACAGCCUCAACCUCCACCUGAGUGGAAUAGAGGAAGCGGCCUUGAUGAGGCUGUGGACUUGGCUGAAAUGUUACGGAUGGAAUCCCAAGAUUGGUUCCUGGGAUUUGUGGAGAGGUUCCUUGAUGCUGAUGUGGAUUCCUCAACUUUGUCAGAUAAUGGUCAAAUAGCAGGCAUGUUGACCCAGCUGAAAAGUGUGAAUGACUGGUUAGAUGAGAUUGGAUCAAGUAAAGAUGAAGAAGGAGAGACACCCAAUGUUCCAUCAGAAACAGUUGACAGACUAAGGAAGAAGAUUUAUGAGUAUCUUCUUACACAUGUUGAAUCCGCCGCUGCUGCAUUAGGAGGCGGAUCACAAUCAUCGCCAAGGAUCCGAAGUAUAGAGCUGAAAACAAAAAGGUGACUACUCAGAUUAGUUUGCAGCUUGGUCAUGUGAAAUACAGCAUUGGUGAUGCAUAUAUAAUAGCAACAGUUCCAUUAUAGUUUGUGUCCUUGACCACCAAGUGGGCUAAGGACUUACUUGAGGUGUUCUAAUUUAUGUACAUAAAUCCUACAUGGGUUUGAGGUAUAGAUGGGUUUUUCCUAUUUAAUUAUCAAAAGAAAUCAUUUAAAUGUGAAGGGCAAGGAAAUUUUUUUGUUAAGGUAUUCUCAUUGGCAUUUGUUUUCUGAAAUCAUACAAAUGAAAACAGUGUUUUCUGUUUUUCCCCA